AUGCUCGAACGAGCGGCCAGUCGCCUUGAGACCGCAGGUCGGCGUUUCCUUCGAGAUUCCAAUGGCGCUAUUCGAACCAGGAGAACACUGUCUCGUCAUUUUUGGAAGCACAAUGGAAGCGGAGGAGAUGCUGACCGCUGGUAUCUCGCCCUUGUUCAACCGCCGCCAGGAUCCUCUACAUAUCCUGCCUCCGAACAGUCGCUCGGUAGCAAAAUGAGCAACGAUGCAGUCCUACCAUUUUUAGAUUUUCUAUACCCACGAGAAACCCAAGAAUACGCGAACUUGCGGCUACCCAGUUCUCCGAAGCGGCUGGGACUGCGCCGGAGAAAAAGAACGCUCAACAGCUUUCAAAGGACCUACACAUCAGAAACCUCAAAUAUUCAUCGAAACUCUGUCAAUAACCCAGAGCAACUAUGGGAACUGAAAGAAACAGACGAAACAGGCGAAACAGAAGCAUCUGUUCAAGCGGAAAAAGACCUUUUCGAGCUCUUGCAAACAACAGAAAGAACGGAUAUAUUGUUUGACAAGGCUUGGGUACUCUACCUUGCGGCUUAUAGACCCUCAGGAGCUCGCUCAGCAUUGAUUGAAUAUUUGAAAAGUUCUCAACAAACUGUGGACCGAGACCGAGCCUGGGAGCUGUUCGAAAAUCUUGCACCUGAGAGCCGUUCCGAGCAGGAUUUCCUUAACAUUACCAUCUCUCAGCUUUCUUGCAAGAAACCCUCAAAACUGAACAUUAUCUGUGAACAAGCAGUUUCUAGAGGGGUUGGCAACGUUUGUUGCCAGUUAUCGUUUGUAUACUAUGUAAAUCACCACGAUUGGGUGAACGCCCAGGAAAUCUGGGACUUGAGGAGGUCGCCUGAACAGCCAGAUCGUUGGCAAAACUCGCGAAAACCACCUCCGAAAAUCUUUAUCACCAAUCUUGAUGAACUGGAGAUCUGCGACGAUGCACUUUCAUUGGGAGACUUCUUAUCAAAUCAGCCCGAUAAUGCUUCCCUUCGCAAGCUUGCAUACCAUUUCAUUAAUCGAAUCGCCAGUUCACUCAAUAUUUUGGAAAUGACCUCGUUAGAGAUUUUACUUCAGCUUUUGGAUCAGUACCAAGAACUGCACAUCCUGGAGCCCCGACAUUAUUUUGCAAUGAUUGAAUCCCUGCAAUCAACUUCAAGGUCAUCGUUGGCUCGGUCGUUCGUGAUCUACCGUCAUAUGCGUCGACUGGAACCCGAUUUGAAACCGAGCGAGAAAUUUUUCGAUGAGCAGUUGCAAAAGCUCAAGGCUUUCAACAUGACUGACAGCGUCCGCUUCUUCCUCGACGAAUGCACAUUUUUUCAUCAGCGACCCUCCAGCGAGCAGUUUAGAGUCGCCAUGAUCAUAUUCUCCAGGGCUGGAGAUGUGGAGCAAACCAAUCUUCUCUUCGAGAAGUUCAUUGCGCGUUAUGGAACUCCAAAAAAUCCCAAGUUGAUAACUCCACUCCUUCAUGCUCAUGCCCGCAAUGAUGAUCUCCCUGGGACCAUCGAAUUGUUCAAAAGAAUAUCGGAGGAAUUUCACCUCAAACCCAUAACAGAAUGUUGGAACAUCCUCAUUGCAGCAUAUAUGUCCCGGAACGAUUUGACUGGUGCUUUUUCAACCUAUUCACGGAUGCUCAAAGCCGGAGUGAAUCCCAAUUCCGCUACAAUCACCACGCUUAUGGGAACUUCUGCCAGUCGAGGUGAUGUGGAAAGUGUUCAGCGUUUGUUGAUAGAGGCCCGAGAACAGGGAGUGUCUGUAACUAUGGAUAUGCUCCAACCGAUUGUCCAUGUCUACUUCAUUAAUGGUCGAUUGGACCUUGCCGAACGGUUCUGUUACACAUGCAUGAAAUUCAACAUCAAAGGCUCUCCAAUGCGCACGUUGAAUUCUCUUCUAAUGCAAUAUGCAUUUAAAGUUGACUAUACGUCUUUUUAUCGGGUACUUGAGCACAUGAAAAAUGCGGGACUGGAAGCAGAUGGAACAACGUAUGCGGCUAUCAUGCUUAAUAUGGUUUUGUCAGACAGACCAGACAUGGCACGCCAGACUCUCCGGCGUCUCCACAGGAGACACACCAUGCAAGCCACGGAAUUUCAUUAUGCUAUCAUUUUGCUUGGUUAUCUCAAGAUUGGUAAUCUCGAAAUGGUGCAUAUCAUCUUCCACGAGCUUAGUGAGCGAUUUAGCGGGUCAAGAAUGCUGUCAGAUAUCAUGAAGCUUAGUCCCGAGCUUCAGCAGGACCCAGCGACCUCGCAAAAGCGCACUACCAGGCUCGCAGAAAAGUCACUACUGAAUAUCAUUUCACAGUUUGACAUCACCACUGUGGCAAGCAAGUUUGUAUCCUCCAAUUCUCGACAAGAGGCUCUUAGCAAAUCUUUCAAUGUUUGGGACGUCGAAAAUCUCAUCAAGGAACAUGGCGAUAAAGGAGCGAUUGAACAGGCCAUCUCCGUCUUUGACCAGUAUGUCUCCGGUCAGUCAUCUGUCGCCUCGUCAGGUAGCUCUUAUUAUGAUAAUGUGCCUAUUCGUCUUAUCGUCGCUAUGAUGAUGGCUCACUCUAAAGCCGGACAGUUCGAAAAAGUGGAAGAAUUCUGGCAACUUACACUAUCGAGGACAAUUAAGAUGGCCAUUCCAAUCGAUGUUGACGAGCUCCUUAAACAAGCUGAUGCAGAUAAUGAUACUGGUCUGGCCUCUCUACCUGUCACUCUGAAUUCUCCACAAAGAGAGCCCAAGAUUCUCCCAUCACAACGCUUCUACAUGUCCCGACCUCUGUCUAUCUAUAUGCGGACAUUAGCGUCUCGAAAUGAACUGCAGAAAAUCUCCGAAGUGGUGCAUGAAAUCGAGGCCGCAGGUUUUGCCCUGUCAACUUUCAAUCGGGCAACUUGGGUGCAGGUUCUGUCAGAUUCUGAUCGAUUAGCCGAUAUAAAGCAUGCCCUCCGAAUGUUCGAAGAAGUCUUCAUGCCUAAUUUCCCCGGUUGGGACCGACUGAAGACUGGCCAAGGCUUGAAACCCCAGGGUGUUCCGCGGAGCGUGUACAUGUUGGAAGACAUUCGCAAACCCGAGCAGUCCAAGCAUUUCCUCGGAAAAACUGCAAAUAGGUACUGGAGCAACAUUGCACCUGGGUUUAUGCAGCCCACCUACGUCACUGUGAUACAUAUUGCAGCGGCAUUGAACAGAAUUCGCGAAAGAUCUAUUUUGACUGGCAGUGAUGAACUGCAGAGGCUUUAUGAUGUCGCACCACUGACGAUGGAUGUGAUUGCCCAGCUGCCAUACAUGCGCGAGAAGGUUCAGGGUGUGCUCCUUCGUCAACGCUCUGAUCAGUCUGAAUAUAAAAAGCGGCGGCGACGGAUCACCAAGAUUGGUCUUGCACGCGAAGGCAUUCUUGGUCGCAGGGUCGACACUACGCUUGAUCAUGAUCUGCCCAUCAAGUCUGAUUUGGAGGACACUCUUGCCCCCGCCGAUAUCAUUGACAUGCAGAGGGAAAUUCGCCUUGACCGCAAACUGCGUACCCAACGCAACCCACAGGCCUCAUCAGAGGUUGGAUACUUUGAACAGACAUCGACUCGCAAAGUCUACAUGCCUCCUGCUCAGAAGAUUGUUUAUUCAAGCCGCAUCACUCAACGUGAGCGAGUAAAACGCUCUGAGAGAAAACGGCAACUGAUGUUGACCGAAGGGGAAGAAGAUGAAUCGACCACACAGCCCGCUGAACCACCCACAGAAGGAAGUCUUCAUGAAAGGCAUUCUUGA